CUCUUGCCUACGUUUCCACACAACUGAUAUACGUCCCUCAACGCAUCUUCAGUGCAGGGAGACCCGAAAAUGGCGACCCGGGGCAAGUACGAUCUAUAUGUACAUGGCGAACCUAACCACCCGCACGCUAACAGGGAUUUGGGCGGCAACUUCGUACUGUUUUAUGUGGGUGAAGAUGAGGACGAGGCUUCGGUUCACGAGAAGAAGCUCCGCGAGCACUCCCAGCUGUUUGACAAUGCCUUCAAGCUUCCCCGCAGCGAACUCCUCCCAUUUCUCCAGCACCACCUUGGGGAGAGGGUUUCUUUGAGCCAGUACACUGGAGCAAUACGCCUGAAACAUUUUCACUUCCGCACCAAGGAUAUGAACACCCUUAUCGAGUGGUUGUACUGUUCUUCUCUACCGAUGGCUAUGAAGUUCAAGGACUUUUGUUGCCUCUACUACCUCGCUUCGAAGUUUCGGAUGCACAAACUGUUGAGCGAGCUCAUGGACUACAUUAAAACACUACACCUUGACUCUGGCAAGGUCUUUGAACCCACUCAGAUCAGCCACAUCUUCAAGAAUCGUGACGCUGGCGGUGGACAACUUUGGGAGUACUGCGCGAAGCAGACAAUUGGCUGCCUGGCUUGGGGAAAGGAGAGAAGUUCGUGGGUCUCGGAAUUCAAGGAAGUCUGCAGAGUCAACCUUGACCUGGGACCAGCAUUGUUUCAGGUACUGCUCGCUUCAGGCAAAUCCAUCUACAAGGAACAGCAUGGCAAAGCAUGCUGCGCUCGCUCUUCUGAGGCUAAGACAAAGAAAAGCAUGGAAGGUGAGUUGUCCGAUGUUGAGGAGUCUGAGGCCAAGAAGUUGAGAAAGGUCUGGCCGAAGAAGAGCGCACCCAGAAGAUCAAUCGACAAGAAGGACCGGUACAGUGGGCAGCGGCGGGUCGCCAAUUCGGUGUUGGAGGCCAACGAGAUCGCCAGGCGCCUGGUUGAAGAUGGUGGCAUUGCAUAAUUGUUCGACUUUGACUGGGGACAAUAUGACUUUCAAAUUCGGUGGUUGAGCGAUCUCAGGUAGUUUCUUCUCUUCACAUGGCAAUUGGAGG